GGGGUCCGGGCGAGCCCCGAGCGCCUCGGACCAAUCCAAAGCGAUUAUGCAAGACGGCGGACCAAUCAGCUCCGCCGUCUCAUGAAUAUUCAUAGACUUGGCUGAGUCAAAGCUUUUAGGCGAGUUUGUGUAGAUCUACAGCAUCAUGCUUAGACUUUUCAAAGAGACAAACUCCAUUUUCUUAUGAAUGGAAAGUGAAAAACCCUGUUUCGCUUAAAUUGGGUUCUUUCCUGUCCUGAGAAACACAACAGACCCCAAAAAGGCAAGCUGAAGAGAGAACACACACACAGACCAAGCGACAAGAAAUGACCAUGACUACCAUGCCAGAGAGUCUAAAUAGCCCCGUCUCAGGGAAGGCUGUCUUUAUGGAGUUUGGGCCGCCCAGCCAGCAAAUGUCUCCUUCUCCCAUGUCCCACGGACACUAUUCCAUGCACUGUUUACACUCCGCGGGCCACUCUCAGCCUGACAGCUCGUACAGCACAGCUUCGUCCUUCUCCCGACCGCUGGGCUACCCCUAUGUGAACUCGGUCAGCAGCCACUCGACCAACCCCUACAUCAGUUCAGUGCAGUCCUACCCCAACAGCUCCAGCCUGACUCAGACCCGGUUAGAGGAGACAGGGGCCGAAUCGGAGAAAAGCACUGUGGUAGAAGGAGGGGAAGUUCGGUUUAAUGGGAAAGGGAAAAAAAUCCGCAAACCCAGGACUAUUUACUCCAGUUUGCAGCUACAGGCUUUGAACAGGAGGUUCCAGCAGACUCAGUACCUGGCUCUCCCCGAAAGAGCAGAGCUCGCAGCAUCUCUGGGACUCACCCAGACCCAGGUGAAGAUUUGGUUUCAGAACAAGCGCUCCAAAUUCAAGAAGCUGAUGAAGCAAGGAGGGGCCGCCCUGGAGAGCAGCGCCUUGACCAACGGCAGGGCUCUCUCGGGCAGCUCGCCACCCGUGCCUCCAGUGUGGAAUACCACCUCCGCCUCCGGUAAGGCCUCGUCAGGGACCCCGGGCACCUACAUCCCCAGCUACACGUCGUGGUAUCCUUCGGCCCACCAAGAAGCUAUGCAGCAGCCGCAACUGAUGUGAUUAUAUAUACGUUUUCCCCUAACGCAAGCACUAUCGGUCCCAAAAAGAAUUACAAUUAUUACGGGGGAAAAAAAAAAGAAAAAAAAAAAAGAAAAAAAAGAAGAAGAUAAACUAAGUCAAAUAAAAGGAAACGGGGGAAGGAAAAAAAAAAAAAAAA